UGAGCUGUCAGUUGCCUAGAGGCAAACUUGACGAUAGCAUGCAGAUGUGCGAGGUAGUUGCCUCGUACUCGCGCCAAUGCACAUUGCCGAAGUCUUCCAAUGUCAGGUUAUUGCGCCAAAAGUACGACAGCUCGGUCCGCCCUGCAGGAUACGAGUUACGGCAUAUGCGCACACUACCGCAUGUGCGAAUACGAGUUCCUCAUGGCAUGUUGUUUGUCCACAUAGACUACUUGCAUCCAGGAAAUCAGUGCCGUCGCAGUUAAGCUUCUCGUGCCAAUUACCGGCAUGAACAACGAUCUCAGAUACAUGAGAUAUACACCACUUGCAGUACAGAUGGUGCGAAUUCACUGCACUCAGGAGUCCGACAUCAGAUUUCAAUAAAAAGGCAGUCUUAUUGAGAUUGAAGGUCUCGAACAGCAUUACCAUCGCACCUUUGAGGCUCAGCUCCCCCCCCCUUGCCUUUCCAUCCUUGAGGUCAAUUUUCAAGCCACAUAUUCAGAUAUGUGCAUAAGCGAAAGCUAUUUACAACUCGCUUACGAGCAAGUGGCAGGGCCAGGUCUCACUUUGCUUCUUCGACGAAACAACUGACGGUGGAUUUGUAGUAGCCUUACUGCAAUGUGAAGACGGACGGUCCAUAAGCCACAAUAUCGAAAAGCGGCUUGGGCGAAGCUUCAGUGCGUGUUGGAUUCAUCGAUGUUGGGUCAUAUACGACUUUCUGGCGACAGUAUUUCAGCUGCGACCUAGGAUUUGCUCCCCAGGAAUGCAUGGUGGCAGUUUAACUACAGUAGCGUAGCAAGCUACUCAGGCCCACAUCAGCAUGAUAUUUGCAUAUGGUAUACGAGUGAGUAGGCACCAUCUCUCGCGCUGCUUCUGUGACAAAGUCGCGUGGCAAAGCGCGUCCAAAAUUAGUCUACCCGCAGAUGGUGCUGAUAUCCGACGACCUGGUUCAGUUUCCCACAUUGUUCACGUCCAGACCCGUUAUUAGUUCAAUCCUAUCUCUAUCGAGUAUUGUGAAGCGAGUUCUACCAAACGAGAUGCAUUGCCACAAAAGGUAUCUUUUGAGCGAUGCUUUCAAGUUCUGAUACAUCUUGUAGUAGUUUAGGCAUCAGUCGAUCUUUCAAGCCAAAUCAAAUUGCACAGUGGACGCAUGGGGCGGUUUGAAAGUAUUUCUCCCACAUCUGUUAGGCCAGGUUCGAGACUCCUCGUUUCAGGCACCAUCUGGGUCUGCACACCGGACAACCCCAACACACCCUUGAAGAUGACUUCAAAUAUAGCGUGGUGGCUUGCAGGCAAACAACACUGGUAGCUCGUUCUUCUUCCGCGGGCUUACCAUUUUAGACCUGGACAAUUGACAGUUCGUGUUCUAAAUGGUAGGAUGCAAUGGAUCUGAUUCUGGACAAUAGCUAAGAAUUUUUUCUCGGGACAAGGUGUUCGUAUUCUCAAGGAGAAGCUAUGUGUGGUAUAAAUGUGGACUCUUUCCACAGUCAGAAAGAUCACCAAGCAACUUCCAAGCUCUCUUGGCCGGAAGCUUCUUUCUACGAAUCUGUCUGUAACACGAGAUAUCGUUGAUCCAUCAUUGUUAACUAUCGACCACAUAUCAGUCUUUCACUAUGUCGUCUCGAUUCCUUCGAUCUUUUCUUCCGCUUCUCUGGGCAGCCAGUACUGUUUAUGCAAAGGGCGGUGACGACAAAUGGCUAUCUCCAGUCUAUCCAUUAUACACUCAGCCUCUCGCGUUUGGAGAAGAGAUAUCACCCAAAUACACUGUCAAGAACUCUGAUGGCUCUGAUCUUGAUUACUAUGAGAUCGACAUCAAGCCAGUGGACGUUCAGAUCUACCCUGGACUUGGAAAAACCCACCUUGUUGGCUACAACGGCGGCGUUCCAGGUCCCACUUUCCGUAUGCAGAAAGGUAGAGAAGCCGUUGUGCGUUUUGUGAACCACGCAACACUUGCCAACAGUGUCCACCUUCACGGUUCAUACAGUCGCGCACCAUUCGACGGCUGGGCGGAUGAUAUCACGAAGCCCGGACAGUACAAAGACUACUACUAUCCCAACAGACAAAACGCUCGGACUUUAUGGUACCAUGACCAUGCUAUCGAUCACACCGCUGAGAAUGCCUACUACGGCCAAGCUGGCUUCUACAUUCUGUCCGAUGCGGAAGAGGACGCUCUCAACCUUCCGUCCGGAAAAUACGACCUCCCUCUGGCUUUAGCAUCCAAGCAGUACAACUCAGAUGGCACACUUUGGGAUCCGGAGAAGAAUGGAGAAGAAGUAUCUCUUUGGGGAGAUGUUAUUCAUGUCAAUGGUGUCCCAUGGCCUUUCCAUCAAGUCGAACCUCGCAAGUAUCGCCUGCGUUUCUUGAAUACUGGUAUCAGCCGUUCGUUCCAGCUUUCUUUCGAAUCCAGCGAUGCUGUCGGCAAACAGAUCCCUUUCACAGUUUUCGCUUCCGAUGCUGGGUUGACUCUGAACCCCGUACAGACCAAUGACUUGUACAUCUCUGUAGCGGAACGUUGGGAGGUCAUCGUCGAUUUCAGUGCUUAUGCGGGUAAGAACGUUACUGUCAAGAAUGCUCGUAAAGUUGCCGCAGACGACGACUACAACAGUACCGAUCAAGUCAUGCGAUUUAUCGUUGGGAACACCGUGUCGGAUUCCUCGAACAACUUGCCCAAUGGACUUCCUCAAACGCUCAGAACGGUCCCGUUCCCUCCAUCCCACGCUACUAGCGAAUAUAACUUCAAGUUUCAGAAGGGUAACGGAGGAGGAUGGAAUAUCAACGGAGUUACAUGGUCUGAUGCGAACUCCCGAAUUCUCGCAAAGCCCCCUCGCGGCUCAGUUCAAAAAUGGACGCUCGAAAACACUUCGGGUGGCUGGAGUCAUCCUAUUCAUAUCCAUUUAGUUGAUCUUCAGAUUGUUUCCCGAAGUGGGGGUAGGGGAGCUGUAAUGCCUUACGAAAAGGUCGCACUCAAGGACGUCAUGUGGCUCGAUACAAACGAGAAGAUUGAAGUCGUCGCACGGUAUGCACCAUGGGAUGGAGUCUAUAUGUUCCACUGCCAUAACCUUAUCCACGAAGACCACGAAAUGCUGGCCGCAUUCAACGUCACCGCCUUGCCAGAUCUCGGCUAUCCCGAAACCACGCACUUUAUCGAUCCAAUGGAGCCGCGCUACCGUGCCACCGACUUUUCGGAAUCCGACUUCCAAUCUCGCAGCGGCGUGUUCAGCGAACAGGGCAUCAAAGACAAGCUAAACUUCUUCAUUGGACUUGAAGCAUACAGCAAAGUCGAUGAGGUUGAAUCUGCUCUUGUGGACUACUGGUCGACUCACACUGGGGGCGCAGCUCCCACAAGCACUUCCAAGGGCGGCAGUGGCAGUACUAAGACGAGUACAACGUCUUCCCCUACUACUCUCAAGACGUCAACGACAAAGUCUUCGUCGUCUGUUACAUCUACCAAGACGAAGUGAUGAGCACUUGUUAGAUAUCUCUUUGCCGCAGUCGGUAGGGACUCUGCAUGAUCGGCGUUGAUGGGAUUGUUUUUAUUUUCCUUUCUUUUAUAUUUCUGUACGUGCCGUUACCUAUCAAUUCGCUUCGAGUAUACAGUUUUACAGGGAACAAACGAAUGUAGAUACGCUAUUCAUAUAUAUUGUUGCAAGAAGCUUGAGUACAGUGACUUGAGAACGUAAAAAUUGUAGAGUUGGAUUUUGGGUGUCUCUACACACAGCGAUGUUUAUCGUGAUAAAAUACCAGGACACAGGUUUCUGAACGUAAUAAGGGUUGGGGAGCACUCUUGGAGACAUAGCAAUUUACUCCCCACCUAAGUAGAGCUUGAUCAAAUUCUUUGGUAACUCACAUCUCAUUACUCAAAAUAUACAACUGCUUGCGGCUUUUGUUGAUGAUAUGAAUACAUAAGACUGAAGUCGAAUGUCAAAUUUGUAACAUCAGAGAAAUUAUUUGUUUACAAACAACGUUCAAGUAUAUAUGGUAUAAUUUGAUCCCGUACCGGUUGAGACAUAUCAUUCGACCCAAGUACGAUAGUUGAAAAUCACAGAAGAUUGAUGUCGAAAUGUGACGGAAAGCUACUGUAUGAGAGUAGGCUUACUUGCUGUAAAGCUGUAUUUCGUAAAUUAAGAGACAAUACUAGACUUAAGCUUGAAUGUAUCGAGGAAGGAUGUAAUUCAGACCGAAGACUUAAAGAACCCACACUGACAAUAAUUUUCUGCCUGCAUGUGUUCACUCAACCCUACUCGCCAGCAUACCAGCUCGUAACGAGCAAUCACCGCACGAACAACAGCAUUACAAUCAGGAAUCCGAGUCCGACAACAGAAAGAAACAUUUCAACCUAAUCCCAUCACACAAGCUGCUACCCAAGAAGUCACCCAACAAAGCAAGGAUACCGCUCCCGCACGAGUAAUCGCUACGUCUCUGCCAAACCCCUCUGCAGCACUUCCAGCGCACAUACAUACAAGACACGCACACCACUCAUCACAUGCA